AUGAAGCAGGAAUCCCUGAUCUUCCAACGCAGAGCAGCCCGCGAGAUACUCUUCUUUACGAUUUCGAGAAACCGCAGCCUCAGUGAAGAGAUCUUCUGGAGCCAGGUGCUGCCGCAUAUGCAGACAUGUCUCGAGCAAGAAGGCUUUGAAUGCGUCGAGUUGACCAGACGGACUGGGCAGGAAGGUAUACUCGCGAGCGUGCUUGUGGCUCUGGGACUGUGGGACAAGGCUACGAAGGUCUUGGAGCAGGCCGUUGCCGCUAGGCAAGAAAUCUUUGGCUAUGCGGACUUUGCAACUAUAGGAGCAUUGUGGGAUCUGGCCAAGGUCUAUUGA